UUGGCUGUCCUUAUGCAGCAGGAAAACGACACCAUGGUGACCAAAUUUGUCCUUUUGGGCCUUUCCUGCUCUCCAGAACUGCAGCCUGUCUUCUUCCUCCUCUUUUUCCUCCUGUACCUCAUCACCAUCCUAGGCAAUUUCCUUAUCAUGGCCACCACAGCUUCUGACCCUCGGCUUCAAACCCCUAUGUACUUGUUUCUGAGGAACCUCUCCUUCCUGGACUUCUGCUACAUCUCAGUCACAGCCCCCAAGAUGUUGGCAGGCUUCCUUCUCCCACCUCAGACCAUCUCCUAUGGGGGUUGUGUGGCCCAGAUCUUCUUUUUCCACUUCUCUGGGGGCACAGAGAUCUUCCUGCUCACUGUCAUGGCCUAUGACCGGUAUGUGGCCAUCUUCCACCCACUGCGCUACGUGACCGUCAUGAGCCGUGGCGUGUGCGUUGGACUGGUGACAGCCUCCUGGGUUGGGGGCUUCAUCCACUCCAUUGUCCAGGUGGCCAUCAUCCUCCAGCUCCCCUUCUGUGGCCCCAACAAGCUGGACAACUUCUACUGUGACGUACCCCAGGUGGUCAAGCUGGCCUGUACCAACACCUUCACGGCCGAGCUGCUGAUGGUGUCGAACAGUGGCCUGGUGACUCUUCUGUGCUUCGUGGUGCUGCUCAUCUCCUACUCUGUCCUGCUCGCCAAGCUGAGGACGCGUUCCAGUGAAGGACGGAGCAAGGCCUUGUCCACUUGUGCUUCUCACAUUACCGUGGUGACCCUGAUCUUUGGGCCCUGCAUCUACAUCUAUGCCCGCCCCUUCUGCACCUUCCCCAUGGACAAGGCUGUCUCUGUUAUCUACACCAUUAUCACUCCCAUGUUGAACCCAGUCAUUUACACAUUGAGGAACAAGGAUAUGAAAUCAGCCAUGGGGAAACUCUGGACUCAAAUAUGGCAUUGUUAGCAGAAAUGGGGGCUUGACAGUGACCUGGAAGA